CACAUGUUUGCGGGCGGUCAAUGAACAGCGAGGGAAGCGAUCGUUGGCCUCGUCAGCUCAAUCUCCAAUGUAUUAGUUGAUUGAAACGCAAUAGUCGUGACAAACGUGGGAACGAGUGAGAAGAGGAAGGUCAAUCACUUCGACUCAAAUGGGAGUGAUCGGGAUGAGUUUUUGCUGGCAAGCAAGAAAUGUUGUCAAGCAAGGCUCGUGAAGCUUAUAGCUCGCUAUGAACGCAGUCCGAAUCCGUCGCGCAGAAGGGUCCAGCUUCGCCUCUUGCGCCUUUGCGCAGCAACACGAAACGUCUCAGCCGCAGCACACCAACGAUCCGCCUGAGACGCGAGCGUCGAAACGCCCACACAGUAAGCCGCGCUCCCCUUCUCAUCUCCUUCACGUCCACUCAAGUUCGAAGUAUGCUUGCAUCGGCAUCAUUAUGGCUCUCUCCAGUGACAUCCUCGCAAAUCUGUAACUUUUGCGAGGACGUCACCUUUGCCAUUCUAUUUCCAUCCAUCACCUCGUACCG